AUGUCAUCUGUUCUGUUCAGAAUUGCUUUUGGUUUGGUAAUGAGAACAACCCCAGCAGAAAGUAACAAUGGACGGAGAUGGACACUUUGUACCACACUUGAGGACACAGACUAUGAUGAUGAUUUAGCACUUUUAUUUCAUACCAAAGACCAUAUGAAGGAGACGACCAAAAAGCUAGAAGAAACAACUAAAAUGAGUGGACUUAAGAUCAAUGCCAAAAAGACAAAGCUAAUGUACCUAAAUACAGAGAGACAUCCUGUCAUAUUUAUAGAAGGAAAACAGCUUGAAACAGUAGAUUCAUUUAAUUAUCUAGGCAGUUGUGUAAAACAGAAGAUAGUGCUGAAAGGGAUCUAA